UGUCAUCCCUAGUGUGUUUUCAGCGCGUUUUCUUUUACAAUCGAUCGUAAGCGAAAAACAAUCCAAAAACGAAGAAAAGCAGCACAAAGAGUUCUAGGAAAACAGCAACAGAAUGCCCGCAGGCAUUGUGAAAACCCCGAACAGCAAUGGAAAUGGAAACCAGAAGACCGCAGAGCGGAAUUCUAGUGGCAAGAAGUUUGUGCAGACGCGUCUGCCAUUCAAGUUAAUAACCCCGGGUGGGAGUGCUCCUGGGGCGGCAGCCCCGUCUUCUGGAGCCCCUGAAGCAGAGACGCAGGAGCCGCGCAAAAGAAAACUUUCCUACGAGGAGGAUGUGGAACCAGAGGGCACUUCUACCUCCGAGGACCAUCUUAGGCGUUCCACCAGCAAGGAGAACUUGAACGUGACAGGUCCAGCAGCCACGAAGAAGGCCAAGACCACGGAAGCCGAUGAGGACGCCAUGGCGGAGGAUGUCAUUGAACUAGACGAUGAGGAAGACGAGGUGGUGUCAGUAAAGGAAGUCGCGGAAGCCAAGGAACCAAAGGUGACGAAGCCAGCCAAGAAAUCCCUGCCCAAGGACAAACAAAACUCUACCAAGGCCAAGGAAAAACUGAACUCCUCCAAGUCAAAAGAAUCCAAGAGCUCACCGGCCCCACCCAUUCAAAUUAAACUACCCUUGGGCAACAAGCGACCAAAACGUAGGAAAUCCCUCAAGAAAUCCGACGAAACGGUCGACAGUUCACCAAUAGAUUCCUCCAAGCCGGGAAGUGAGUCCAGCGACGAUAUCGAAGCCAUCGCCGAGGAGCUAAACCCUCAAAAGAAGCCAAAAGUUCAGGAAAACAAAGAUGAGGAUGUCGUAGAGUUAUUGGACGACGACCAGGAGGAGAACGAAGAGGCUGUUGAGAAGGCAAAGGAAGCUAGCAAGGAGACCAAGAAGACAGACGGAAACAAAAAGUCCAUCAUGGAUCUAUUCGCGUCCAAAAAAGGAGACGGCAAGAAGAAAGCAGAAAACAAGCAGCCAAAAGAAAAGGAAAACGCAAAAAAAGAUGAAGAAUCAGCGGGCAAAGAAGAGAAAAAAGUAGAAGCAGAGAACAAACCGGCGGAGAAACCCAAGAAGAACUUGAAAAAGAGUCCCAGCAAGCAGGAUUCGCCCAAGGUCGCAAAGGAAAAGGCAACAACAGUGAAGAAUUCCAAAGAAGAGAAACCCAACGAGAAGAAUUCCAAAAAGAAGGAAACCACAGAUAAAGAGACAAUCGAAGAAGCAAAACCGACAGAGAAGCCCAAGAAGAAUGCCGAGAAGAGCCCCAAGAAUCAGGAGAACUCCAAGGACACAAACACUCCAAACCAGGAGAUACCAGGUUCCAAGGAAACUCUAAAAAUAAGCGAAGAAGAAGCCAAGAAAGCGACUGACAUUUCUGUACUCCUCUCCAGUAGCGAGAACGAGCAGUCCAGCAGUGAUCACGAGAUGGAGGUGGACACAGAUACUCCGGCUCGAUCCAUGCAUAAGGACACUCCGUCGCGGAGGAGUUUGCCAGAGGCAUCCGAUGGGCCUCAAAAGAACCUUACCCCCAAGCAACAGCGCCUCCUGGAACAGCGGAAGAAGGCACGGGAGGAGAAGGAGCAGAAGCUGGCCGAGGAGCGGCGCCUGAAGCAGGUGGAGAAAGAGCAGCGGGAACAGCAGAAGAAGCAGGAGCGCGAGGAGAAGGAGCAGCAGCGCAAGCUGGAGAAGGACCAGAAGGAGCAGCAGAAGAAGCUGGAGCGCGAGGAGAAGGAACGCAAGCGGCAGGCGGAGGUGGACACCAAGAACGAGGAGAAGCGCAAGCGCAACGAGGCCAAGGAGGAAGUGCAGCGCAAAAAGGACGAGGAGCGCCGCAAGAAGGAGCAGGAGCGCGAGGAGGCCGAACAGAAGAAGAAGCGGGCCGCCGAGUCCUUCUCCAAGUUCUUUGUGCCCAAGCAGCCGAAGUCCGGAUCCGGAGCCAGUGCCACGUCCUACCUGGAGCACGAGCAGAGCAGCUGCGACAGCACCAAGGCCAGCAGCCAGACCCUGGCCUUCCGUCCCUUCCAAGUCAAAGACGACAUGCUGCUGGCUCCGGUCAUCAGGGCCAAUCUCGGCCAGGAGGAGCGUUCUCAGCUGGACGGUCUUUUCCGGGAGAAGCAGGAGGAUGACGAGGACGAAGACGAGGACAUUGGCCGUCGGAAGCGACCCAACCGCGCCCACUUGUAUCUCAGCGAACUGAACAGCGGCCGGCGGAAGCCACUCCAAAUGCAACGGGACACCAGGCUGCAGCGACGCACCAAGGACGAAGAGGACGAGGACGAAGUCCAAGUGAUAGAUGACCUCUCCACGGCGGGUCUGCCCAUCGAGGAAGAGAAGCCGAAGCAGCUGGCCAGGAUGCGGGCCAAGUACCUGCACUUUGCGGACAACCGCAGGCCGCCCUACUACGGAACGUGGCGGAAAAAGAGCCGCACCAUCUCCGCCCGUCGCCCUCUGGCCCUGGACAAGAAACUCUUUGACUACGAACUGGACUCCGAUUGCGAGUGGGAGGAGGAGGAGCCGGGUGAGUCCCUGAGCGCCAGCGAGGACGAGAAGGAGCGCGAGUCGGAGGAGGAGUCCGAGGAGGAGUACAACGAGUGGUAUGUGCCCCACGGUCAUCUCAGUGACGAGGAGCUGCAGAACGAUGGCGAAAUGGACGACGGGCACACGCGGGAGGCCCAGAAGGCCAAGCUCCAAGUGCUGCAGCAGGAGUUCGCCCAGGAGAUGAAAAAGCAGACGAAGAAGAUCAAGCCCCGGCUGCUGGGACCCGUUUGGCUGGACGAGAACGGCAACAAAUCGGAGCUAUUCCCGGCCAUGUUCGCCCACACCAUCGACAUGUACGCCUGUUGGCAAGUGGGGCCGCUGAGCCUGGAGCCGCCACCGGAGCCAGAGCGCGAGGAUCAGCCGCCGGAUGCACCAGUACCGCUGCAACUGGACGAACGCCUUUUGCAGCAGCUGGUGCGCCUCACGCACGGCAACCGCAAUUCCAAAGUCUUUCUGAUCAACGAGUAUUUGGAGUACCUGAAGACGCAGGAGGGCGGCGGAGAGGGCGCUGUCCUGCCCUCGAAAACGCUAGUCCGCGAGAAGUUCGACGAGCUCGCCAGCUGGAAGCACGUGGAGCUGACCACCCCCGAUCUGAACACAUCGGCCAGCAGCGCGAAGAAGGCCAAGAAGCCGAAGAAGCGACUCUGCUGGGUGGUGCCUCCGGAAAUCCUCGAGAAGUUCCACCUGCCCGAUCUUAGCCUGCAAAACCAGUGGGACUACACCUUGACCCCAAAGAUCACCGAGGGUCCCGAUGCCCAGCAGCACGAGUUGAGUCCCCCGGCAGAGGCGGCAGAGGCCACAGCCUCGCCGACAGUUGCCACUGCCACGCCCACAUCAUCUGGUGCCACAACGCCCAAUACGGGGGGCGGCACUAAAAAGCGGGCCACUCUGCUGAUGUCCGUGCCUCGGGACCAGCCGAUUCAGACGGCCGCCAAGAACGCCCUGAUCAGUCAGUUCCUGCGACGGCGAAGCGACUCCGCCGGCGGUAAUCCCGGUAAGGACAAGGACAACACUCCGACGAAACCGAAAGGAAAGGAGCGACCGCCCACCGUCUCCGAGGAUGUGGUGAUGCUUUCGGAUUAGGCUUAAGUACAUCAUAGCACCAGGAUACAUCAUAGAAUGCUGCGCAGCUUCCCGCUGAUCCUCCAGGAUACACGCUCCUAUUCAUUUUUUUUUCUUCUGCUAGUUUCGAUUUUAAGUUGGUUAAAAUUUAUAUACAUUAUAGUGUUCCGAUGUACGUUCGACUUGUAUAUCCCUUUCCCUAUGCACUUUGCACCCAUCCCCAUACCCAUCAACCAUUCCCCAGUUCCCAGUUCCCAGUGCCCAGUCCCCUCCCCCAUCGCAUCCGUAGACUGUAAGUGGUUCAACGGAGCUGAGGACACGCCCAGUGUAAUUAUCCCUCUACGUUUCAAGGGCGUCCUCGAUCCGUCUUUACAUAUAUAGUACACAUAUAUGCAAUAAUACACAA